AUGCCGAAGAAGCCGCACUCGCAUCCGCACUCUCAGCCGCAGUCGCAGUCGCAGUCGCAGCACCUGGGAAGGCACGGGGCCGGGCCGGGGAAGGGCAAGUACAGCCUGACCCUCCACAACGGCAAGCUCGCCCCGGUGAGCGUGCACCUGAAGUCCGCGGCAAGGACGGCGGCCGCCGACGGCGACUCCUUGGGGCACCUCGGCAGGCCGGCGGGCGACGGCAGAGGCGGAGGCGGAAGCGGAAGCGGAAGCGGAGGUGGAGGCGGAGGCGCAGGCGACAACGGACGGGGGGGGCGAGGGGACGAACGGUGCCUCGAGGGCACUGAACAACAGGCUGUGGUACCAUUGAUGAAAACCCAAAAUUGA